CAGCAGACUGCAUUUGCAUGCAAGAUGGCAAAUUUUACAGCUGUAUGGCACUGGGUUUGAAUCUCAGUGUAUCCACACUGAGGUUUUUCUUGGCUUUCCUCAGUUUCUUCAGACAAAAGCUGAGAAUACAGGCAUGAUGACUUGAGCAUUCUACACUCUUUUGCAACUGCAGGUGAUAAAAUGGAAUAAAGAAAGAGCAAGCGCAUCUCAUGAUUAUACAUAAAGGCAUAUUUAUUACAUUUAGAGUUUUAAACUAAUUAUCCUGCUAUGACUGAUGCAGUGGCACAAUGACGAACCCACGAGCCUGGCAUACUGGCCCCAUUUACAUUGAUCUCACCUGUUUACCAACUAAAUGACGUUUCAUGGCUCAAAUGUGGGAUCCUUUUAUUUCAGCUAUUAUUUCUCAGGAACACACAUUUUUAGCUGAUUGUUACGUAAAGGAAAGGUACAAAGUUUGUACACAUAGGUGAUACACUGUUUUUUGUCCUCUCAUUUGUGUCACUAUGGAGACGGAUGUAAUGUUAGAAACAAACGCUGAGUUGAAUUUCCUGGAAGACACUGCCUGCAAAUUAGACCUUGAGCUCUGGAACAGUUAUUCUCAAAGUUACUCAGAGAUUUUUAGUGAAAUUUGAUGAUGAUGUGUGUGUGUACUUUUUUAUCCAGUUCGUUAAAUUUUAAUUUUUUCAGGUGUAUUCAAAACUGCAGAAUGGUACAUGUGGUGAUCUGUAGCAUUUUUUAAUGUUUAAUAUAAUGUAACAUUAAUUUGUGCCCUCAGUGCAAUGUCAUAUUUAUACUUUUGAUUUUCUCUAUCAGCAGUAGGAUUUAUUGAUGCUAUGCAAAGUGUCUGUCCACUAAUUACGCUUGUAUUGUUUGAAUCUAUGGCGUGUCAUUGUGCGUUUAUGCUUUAGCAUAUCCAAUACAGGAAUAAAAAAAUUCAAGUGUCAUUGCAGCUGCAGGCUUGACUGUCUCUGUUCUUAUAUCCAGUAGUUGUUUUUGUGUUGGUCAGCUUGCCUUAGUUGAGGAUAGUUCUGUAGUGUUUAGCACUUGGGCUUUGUAUUAUGGAAGUCUCAGGUUUGAAUUUCAGCCUCAAAGCCUGCUGUCAAACCAGGUUUUUAUUUGCAAUAUCCAAGGAUGUUCUGUGGUAAAAUCUGGAAGUAGGUCACACUUUCUGCUUACUCAUCCACAGUCGGUGCGGUUUGAAACGUGUUCGCUGGGUUGAGUCAUACAAUGGCAAUUUUAUAAGAUAUUUAUAUACAUUUCUAUUAAUUUUUUGUCUGUUUGACAAAGGGGCUGCCUCCCCUGGCAGAAAAUGUGUUAUGGCAAGAGAGUGGUCUGUCAUAAGCCAGGCAAGGAGCUGAUGUAUCAUUUUACAGAGUUUGGUUGUAGUGUGACCACUAUACUGAUGAGAUAAUACAUGUUUGGCUUACCAAGCUGUUUUGGUGCACUUGCCGCACAAAUUUUAACCAGUCUUCUGUUGGGAGUUCUCGUGAUGGAGACACCCUGAAAAUGAAUGUAACUUGCGAUAGCGUAAUGCAGGCAGUAAACGCCCACUGACCUAUCAGAGUGUUUGUUAACAAGGCAGGCCAUAGAGCCCACAGAUUGAGAGACAUGACUACUGAUGAGAGUGUUCAUGAGAGAUAGCAAUUGGUAGAUUGUACCCCUCACAAUGUUCAGAGAAAGACCUGGCAAUUGUGAAAGUGAGGAACAAGAACUGCUACCAAGUAGUCAAGUGAAUUUGUCACUGGAACAGUUUUUAGUGAGAGCUCAAAACUAAAGUGACCAGAGCAAAGGGCAGGAAAGAUGUUACAGGUCACAUAGAAACAAAUCACAGCCUACUAAAUUAAAACAGCAUUUGAUGUGACAGUUGCUAACCAGAAUAUGUUCCAGUCUUGCAUAUUGCCCAUGCCAUAACUGAAUGAUGAAUGGCAUAGCAAUAACACGCAGUUGUAAUUGUAAUGAUGCCAUCUUCACAAAUGGUAAACAGAAUAAUUGGGCAGAUACCAUGAGUCUCAAAGAAAGAGACAGAAUUGGGUUGUCUGUAGACGCAUCCAAGUUGCAGAAGACUGGUUUGCGAGAGUUGCAAAUAAUGGUCGGAGUGUUUCACAGCUUCACGUGGCUUCGAAACAACCAAGAAAACUCGAUUCGGAACUUGAGGGAAAACAACACCUUGCAGCAUCAGGCGUCAGUGAAGAACCGUCGGCUGGCACAGCAGAUGGAGCGUCGCCCAGCUGUCAUGGCGGCUCUCAAGCUCAAGAAGAGGAGCUUGCGGCAGAGACUGGGGCAGCCCACAGCAAGCAGUGUGAAGGACAGGCUGACACUCACAGUGCCUGCAAGAGGUGGACGUGGCCGUGCCCGCUCUCGAGGCAGAGGCAGAGUAUGGGGAGGCAGGCUCGGCCGAAGCCAGAGCUUGCAGUCACUGAACCGAAGUAGCAAUGUGGGAGAUACGUUCAGGUUCAGACGAGGACAGGGGCGAGUGUUCCGUGGCAACUCCCAACGCCGACCAUUCAGGAGGGGAGGUAGGUCUGGUGUUGGAACUUCACGUGGUGGCCGUGGUGUUGGUGCAGGUCGAGGUGGAGGAAUUGGGAACAGAUUCACACGAGGCAGGGGGGGCACAUUCAGACGUGGUGGACGCACUCGAGGAGGGCGUGGGCGUGGCUCACUGCGUGGGCGGCAGGUGCAAACCAUUCCCUCAAAAGAGGAGUUGGACCUACAACUGGACCAGUAUAUGGCAAGCACAAAGUCGCACCUUGACAAGGAACUGGACUCGUACAUGAAUCAGGCGCAGGAUGAAACAUGGGACUGAGGAGGAACUUUUAAUUUUAAUGGAAUCUUAUGACAUAAAUAUGUGUGAUAUGUGUGUUUUGAUACAGAAAUAGUGUUUAAAUGUUGAUAGUAUGUAUGAUCUCUUAAAAGUGAUGCUCAUUAUUAGUAAGUA